AUGGAUGUAGAUGAACGGAUGUCAAGUCAUGUCUCAUUACAUGAAUCAUAUCAGAGCUCAUCAAGCGGUCGAGUUGCCAUAAGUCCUGAUGGUCUACAAAUUGUCACUUUUGAUCCCGAUACUUCACAAAUACUUAUCUAUGAUAUUAAAGAUUUGAAAACUCCAAAUACUGAUUUUAAGUUCGGAGAAGUUAAUUAUAACCAUAAAAUGAAUUUGUCAAUUGCUAUUUCAGAUCCUAUUUAUGGCACUAGCACUGCAAGAAAUGAUAGAUUAAUUGCUCUUUCAAAAUUUUAUUCUGAUGAAGACAUGAAUAAAAACAAGAAAGAUAUGCUAGAAAACCAGGAUGAUGAGAAAGGUGAUUUUAAAGGCAAAACCUGGAUUUUUUUACUUAGAUUCCAGGAAAAAAAUAAGCAUUCCGUUUCCAUUGAAAUUGAUAGUUCAGCAGACAUCGAUAACGAUGUUAUCGCAACAAUUGUGAUAACAAAUGCAUCAGGUAUAUUUAAAAGAACAUUGAGUUAUUCAGACAUAGGAAAAGCUCAAAAAGACUCGUGUUGGUGUAACUUAACUCAUAGUUGUGCUUCCAUAGAAGGAUUCAACUUUCCUAAACAUUUUUCAAAUCAUUUAAAUAAGGGUGAAGCCUGUAUCAAUCUGUUACACACUAGCAUAGUCAAAAAUCAUUUCUUUGUUCACUCCUACAAAAAUAAACACCAAAUUGUUGAAAUGUAUUCUCUCAGAACAGGCAAUAUGGAAAUGAUAUUCAAAAAGCAUGAACCAUUAUAUCAUCAAACCACAAAAGGUCGAAUUAUUUAUGCGAUUUCACAAAAUGAAGCAUU